AUGCCUGUUGAAGUUUUAGAGCACGAGCUAGAAGAUAUAUAUAAUACAGCAGUGGAAUUGGCUAGAAAGGCUGGAGAGGCUAUCAGAGAAGCAUUUUAUAAAGAAAAGAAUGUGGAAAUAAAACAAAGUGCUGCAGAUUUAGUAACUGAAACUGACCAGGCUGUAGAGAAAAUGAUUCAAGAUUUGAUAAUGAAAAAAUAUCCUCAUCAUAAAUUUAUUGGUGAAGAAACUGUAUCAGCUGAUGGGUCAGCCUGUUCACUAACUGAUGAUUUUACAUGGAUUAUUGACCCUGUAGAUGGAACAACAAACUUUGUUCAUAGCAUACCUGAAGUCGCCUUUUCUUGUGGAAUACUGGUAAAUAAACAGGUUGUUAUUGGUGUAAUUUAUGUACCUAUAUUGGACCAGAUGUAUACAGCCAAAAAAGGUCAAGGUUCAUUUGUAAAUGGUAAAAAAUUAUCUGUUAGCUCUGUUAAAGAAUUAAAAAGCGCAGCUAUUAUUAUGGAAGGUGGUAGCUCAAGAGAUCCUGAUGUAUUAUCUACUAAAAUCAAUAACAUUCAUUCUGUUUUAAAGUCAUGUCAUGGGAUAAGAGCAUAUGGUUCAGCAGCUAUUAAUUUAUGUAAAGUAGCCAGUGGUAUGUAUGAAGCGUAUGUAGAAUUUGGUAUACAUUGUUGGGAUAUUGUAGCUGGUAUGUUAAUUUUACAAGAAGCUGGUGGAGUCAAUAAAGAUACUACAGGUGAAGAAAUUGAUAUUAUGAGAAGACGUAUUAUUGGUGCCAACUGUGAGAAUAUCAUUACAGAAAUAGCUUCCAAACUGACACAGAUUGAUGUAGGAAGAGAUUGA